AUGGAGUACUCCGCUGAUCAAGAACGAGAGAUGCAAGAGCGUCACGACCAAGGCCACUCGAGGAGCGCCGGAACCGGAGCACCUGAUGGUUGUCCCUCCUCCGACACGCGCGAUCCGAUCAGGACUGCCACUGCUUGCGGCGUUCUCCGAUCCCUGACGCCGUCCUGCUUCAGCCGCGGCCUGCCGCUUCCGCCGUCGCCGCCGGCGAGGGUGCACCAAGUCUGGCCUGGAAGAAACGUGUUUUUCUUGGAUGGCCGCGUGAUCUGCGGCCCCGACCCGCGGGGCCUGAUCCUGUCAGCCAUGGCACUUCUCCUUUCAGAAUGGAUUUUCUUGGCCCGCGUCAUCGAUUCGUCGCCCGCGCACCGGAUCCUCCUCCCUGCGUCCUCCUCCCUGAUCCUAUUGGCAGCCGUCAGUACAUAUGAACACAACCUCGUCGCACAGUUCACGAAUGCGACUGCUAGUUUGCUACUGGCUGCGACAAGCGACCCCGGAAUCAUACCGAGAAACCAGGCAUCACCGUCGUCUGAAGAAGAUGGAACACGUGCUGCCAGGUUCGUCGCCGUCAAUGGUGUGGAGGUCAGGUUGAAGUUCUGCGAGACCUGCAAGAUCCACCGCCCUCCAAGAAGCUCCCACUGCGCCGUCUGCGACAACUGCGUCGACAAAUUCGAUUACCACUGCCCCUGGAUAAGCCAGUGCAUAGGACUGGUAUGA